AUGAUUGAUUGUUGCGGCAAGAGGUUGAUAUUAUCUCACGAGAAGCCCUCAGUUUGUCCGUCUCCGUAUUUGUCUGUCUGUCAAACUAUUAAAGCCUUGAAGGCUGGUGAUCUGGGCUAUGUCUUCUUGGAUGGAUUGGUUGGUGAUAUGGAGUUGGAGAUUUCUAGUAUUCCGAUGGUUAAUGAAUUUGCGGAUGUAUUUCCUGAUGAGAUACCGGAAUUUCCACCUAAGAGGGAGAUUGAGUUUUCAAUUGACUUGUUACCUGGUGUGCAAUUUCUGGGUCACGUAAUUUCUGCUAGUGGUGUUGCGGUGGAUCCAAGUAAAAUUGAAGCGAUAAGUGACUGGGAACGACCUAAGACUGUGACUGAGAUCAGGAGCUUUCUGGGUCUUGCUGGUUAUUAUCGCAGGUUUAUACAGGGGUUUUCUACUAUGGGAUUGCCAUUGACCCGAUUGACACGAAAGGAUACUCCUUUUGUGUGGAUCCAGGAAUGUGAAGAUUGUUUUCUGACACUCAAAGAGAAGUUGACUACUGCUCUUGUGUUGACCCUUCCCGAUCUGGAAGGUGAGUUUGAGAUGUAUUGUGAUGCUUCCAAGAAAGGUCUGGGGAUCAAUUAA